AUUAUUCAGCACAUUAGUAAGCCUUCCUACUGCACUGCUAUUCUCAGACAUUGCUUGCAGUACAGCAUAAACAAAUCUUCUGAGAUUGUCUAGUUAGUGCACAGUUUUACUGGGUGCGCCAGGAUCACUGGACUUCAUACGGAACACAAGAGAACUACGUAAGGACACAGAAUAAGAGUUGACAAGACAUUUUCCAGAGCCAGAAGUUUGUGGAGACAGGAUGGAGGAGAUCAUCUCUGCAUCUCUAACACGCUAGAACCUUCACUGUUCCAGCCGUCACCACCCCACACUGGCCCUCCGUUCCUCAAGAGUGAUUUAUUUGCAAUGAUUGAGAAAAUGCAGAGCAACAGAAUGGAUGAGCAGAGAUGCACUUUUCCUCCACCCCUCAAAACCGAGGAAGAUUACAUCCCUUACCCCAGUGUCCAUGAGGUUCUCAACAGAAAGAGUCCAUUUCCUCUUAUUCUGCUUCCUCAAUUUGGUGGUUAUUGGAUUGAGGGGACCAAUCACGAACUGAGCAAUGGGUUUGAACCGGAGCAGCUCCAGUCGCCCACCUCACGCUUUAAACUGGAAUGCAACUCCACCGCUAAGAUCUACAGGAAACAUUUUCUGGGCAAAGAACAUUUUAAUUAUUAUUCAAUGGACAGUGCCCUAGGCCACCUGGUGUUUUCUAUGAAAUAUGAUGUUAUCGGGGACCAGGAGCAUCUCCGCCUCAUGCUCAGAACAAAAAUGAAAACGUAUCACGACGUGAUUCCAAUAUCUUGUUUGACCGAAUUCCCCAACAUUGUUCAGAUGGCCAAGCUUGUCUGUGAAGAGGUGAAUGUGGACCGUUUUUUCCCUGUGCUCUACCCAAAGGCGUCUAGGCUCAUUGUCACUUUUGACGAACAUGUUAUAAGCAACAACUUCAAGUUUGGAGUCAUUUAUCAAAAGUUUGGACAGACCACAGAGGAGGAGCUGUUUGAGAAUAAUGAGGAAAGUCCUGCAUUUGUGGAGUUUUUAGAGUUUCUGGGACAGAAGAUUGAGCUUCAUGACUUCAAAGGGUUUCGUGGUGGGUUGGACGUGACGCAUGGACAGACAGGUUUGGAGUCUGUGUAUCAUAACUUCCACAACAAGGAGAUCAUGUUCCACGUGUCCACGAAGCUGCCUUACACGGAGGGUGACACACAGCAGCUACAGAGGAAAAGGCACAUAGGAAACGACAUUGUUGCCAUCGUGUUUCAAGAUGAAAGCACUCCAUUUGUACCAGACAUGAUUGCCUCCAACUUCCUCCAUGCCUAUAUUGUGGUGCAGGUGGAAAACGCCUGUUCUGACAAUGUCUUGUAUAAGGUUUCAGUGACGGCACGAGACGAUGUCCCGUUUUUUGGACCAUCUCUCCCUAACCCAGCUAUUUUUAAGAAAGGACCAGAGCUUCAUGAAUUCCUGCUAACCAAGCUGAUCAAUGCCGAAUAUGCCUGCUACAAAGCGGAGAAAUUUGCCAAAUUAGAAGAGCGCACGCGAUGCGCCCUGUUGGAGACACUGUAUGAAGAGCUGCACAUCAACAGUCAGGCCAUGAUGGGACUGGGAGGUGAAGAGGAAAAGAUGGAGAAUGGAGGAGGAGGUGGAGGGGGUUUCUUUGAAUCCUUCAAGCGGGUGAUCCGCAGUAGGAGCCAGUCUCUGGACGCAUUGGGCCUCAAUAUCAGGAAGCACACAGUCUCCAAUAGUCACAGCGGCAGUUUCACCCACAACAACCAUCUUCAUUCACCAGAGAGCCCCAAAAUUCCUGGGAUAUCAUUGCUUGUCCCAGGCAAAAGUCCCAGUAAAUACGGACGCCGUGGCAGCGCCAUAGGAAUAGGAACGAUAGAAGAGUCUUUGAUCAUUCCUGGUAAAAGCCCAACGAGGAAAAAAUCAGGACCUUUCAGCUCUCGACGUAGCAGUGCUAUCGGGAUUGAAAACAUACAGGAGGUGCAAGAGAAGAGAAUUGCUGCUCUGUUGUCAGAGGACAGGACUGUGCUCUGUAUCUCUCUACCCAGCGUCACUCUCAAGAAUGGGAGGCUCAUCUUGGAUCCCUCAAACAGUAGAGAGUGCUGCUCGCCCUACACACAGAAGACACCAGACAGUGGACACGCCUCCCAGGACCCCAAGUCUGAAAACUCAUCCAAUCAGAGUUCUCCCGAGGUCCAGGUCACUAAGAACAGCUCAAGCCUGUAUUGCCGAGCUCCCUCCAUCCCUGAAGCUCACGACCUGUCACGCUCCUCAUCUAACGCCAGCAGCUUUGCUAGUGUGGUAGAGGAAAAUGAAACCGAGGCUACAGAGGACUAUGACACUGGCAUGGAGAGUUUGUCAUCCGCGGGCACUCCUCAUAAACGGGACUCAUUCACUUACAGCAUGUGGCUGGAGGACAACAUGAGCACUGCCAGUACAACCAGCAGGGGGAGCUCUCCUGCCCUUGGCAAAAGCCAGGAGCAGAACCGUCCAGACAUCCGAAUCAAACUCGAUGGACCGCAUGAUCCCAAAUCUUCAUCAAACUGCUAGCCUCUCCUGCUUGUUUGCCUUGUGGAUAUCCAACAACAACAGAAAGACUCUGGUUUAUGUCUAUACUGCUGACAAUGAAGAAGAGUAGCACCUCCAGUUAGCUGCAUGAGUGACAGCAUGCACAAAGGACCAUGAUCAUCUAAAACGCCUGAAAAGAAGAAAUAAAGAGUUGGUUACAGACAACCAGAGACUUCAUUCUGGCUGUGGUACUGUACUUAUCUCCCCUCCUUCAGUCCUUUCCUCAUUCAGUCUCAGUAUUGGUCCACUUGCUGUUGUCAUCUGAAACCUUUGUAAGUACAUCCAGUAAUGAGAACUUAGUUCCUCUGUAGCAUCGUCUGCAGACACUUCACUGUGCUGGUGAAUGACUAAUAUAGCAGCUUGUACAGUUUAAGGUCCUAACACUUUGCUAUUAUUAUAUUUUGUGACAUUUGUGUCAUAAAGAAAAUUGCACAAUGAGAGCUUAUUAUUAUUUCAGUUAUGAUAUAGACACCAAACCGUUUCGUGUAUACGAAUGUUUUGGAAGUCCUUGUCAUUGAUCUGAUAUUCAAUAAGGUACUGUUUGUUUAAUACAGCCCUUGAAAGCUUAGUAAUACAUCUAUUUCAAAGUAACAGCAUUCGCUUUGGCGAGUAAAUAAAAUUAGCUUUUUCAAGAACUGCAAAAUAAUAUGUCAGGUAAUGUUACUGAUCACAGACACACCAACUGUUAACAAUAUAUCUGUUGCGACUUACAUAUGUUGACUUUCCCGUGCACUAAGGCACCAAAUCAAAAAUGAUAAGGAGCAAAAUCCCUAUACAGGUAUUUCUAUUUUUGUGUACCAAGAGACAGAGACAGAGUCAAGCUUCAUUUGAGUGACAAAACAAGCAAAGCGAAUUUUUGUGGCGGGUAAGAUAUUUCUAGCUGGUAAAUUAAAAAAAGGCUAAAAUGAUGGACCCUAUUUACAGUACAGAAGUGUGUCUGUAACUUUGUUACACAUCUUCACCAUCACAUGUGACCCUGUCUAUGAAACCCAGGCUGAAGUCUCAUAAUCUAUUCAUGAGAUUAGAAGCAUCAAAGUUCACUUAUUGAUUUCACAAUAAUUUCUAUCUUUGACAAGGCCUCAGUCGAUAUUAAAGAUAUCAAGGUUAUAUUUUUACACGAUGUUCUUUACAUUAUGUAGGAUGAUUUUAUGUAGACAAUAAACAGUACAGUAAAUCACAAAAAAAUGCUGUAGCUGGAGUUUCACAGGCAGAGUCACAUAAAGUCUAAUCAAAUCGCUCUAUAACUUCUCACUUUUGAAAGUUACUUUGGAUAAAAGUGUCUGCUAAAUGCCAAAAUGUAAUGCUAAAGUAAUCACGAUUUGAUUUAAACAAAUGUGUCAAAAAUUUCUCUAGUUUUUAGUGUAAUGUUUGCGUUUUGUGUUAAAAGCAGAGAAUGAUGAACUGAUCUGAAAUAUGGCAGAGCUGAGUUUGCCUUAUUGCAAGAAUCAAAACAUAUGAAGUGGAAAAAAUGUAAAAUAAUUUCUGAUAAAUAGUUGGCCUUACUGGCUGCAUUUGCCUUUAUACUGCCUGAGGCCAUUAAGAUUCUGUGUUGUUGUUAUACUUCAACUCAUACAUUUCUGACCCUGGACCACAAAAUCACUCAUAAGGAUUAAUCUGAAAGAUUAAUAAAUAAGCUUUCUAUUAAUGUUUGGUUUGCUAGGAUAGGCCUAAUAUUUAGCCAAGAUACAACUAUUUAAAAAUAUGGAAUAUGAUGGUGCAGAAAAAUCUAAAUAUUUUGAAAAUAAACUUUAAAGUUGUCCAAAUUAUGUCCUUAGCAACUGCAUCCACUCUCAAAAAUAAAGUGUUGAUAUAUUUACAGUAGAAAAUGUACAAAAUCUUCGUCUUUACUUUUAAUAUCCUAUUGUUUUUUUUGCAUUAGGGAAAAAUCAAUAGUUUUGACCCAAUACAGUGUAUUUUUGGCUUUUGCUACAAAUAUACUUUUUUUUUAAAAUAUGCUCAUUUUCCAGCUCCCCUAGAGUUAAACAUUUGAUUUUUACAGUUUUGGAAUCCAUUCAGUCGAUCUCCGGGUCUGGUGGCACCACUUUUAGCAAAGCUUAGCAAAAUCCAUUGAAUCUGAUUAGACCAUUAGCAUUGCACUAAAAAAUAAUCAAAGAGUUUGGAUGUUUUUUCUAUUUAAAACUUGACUCUUCUGUAGUUACAUUGUGUACUAAGACCGACAGAAAAUUAAAAGUUGACAUUUUCUAGGCAGAUAUGGCUAGGAACUAUACUCUCAUUCUGUCGUAAUAAUCAAAGACUUUGCUGCCGUAACAUGGCUGCAUGAGGCGCAAUGAUAUUAUGCAGCGCCUGAAAAUAGUCCCCUUGGUUACUUUCAAUAGCAGGUGACUAUUUUCGGUCACUGCGACAGACCCGGAGAUCGGCUGAAUGGAUUCCAAAACGGUAAAAAUCAAAUGUUUAACUUUAGAAAAGCUGGAAAAUGAGCCUGUUUUUAAAAAGUGGAGUGUCCCUUUAAGGUUUUGUGGUCCAGGGUCACAUAUAUGAUCUAGUUCUCAUAAUUGAUUCAUCAUGGUGACAUGCUUGAAGAUGCAAAGAUGGAGAUGUUUUAAACGUAUUAUCUGUUUCAUACCGGACCUAAAGACUGGAUAGCAUCACUAUAUUAAAAAGAAUUAUAACACUACAAUGACAACUCAAGAGAUAUUGAAGUGAGAUGUGUAUGGAAAAAGAAGAGUUUUCGGAAAUAGGGUUUAUUUAGUCUGCUUUUGUCUGCUCUGCGCUGGGCUUUAGUCCCCCCUUGUGGUACUGUAAGUUAUGGUUUUGGCAGCGUUUACUUUGCAGUGUCCAUAUGUACAUGAAAUGUAAUUGCUCUUCCUGUGCAUAAGUCAAAUGUGACUGGAGAAAAAAAGAGAUGCAGCGCACAAAAUCCAUGCUGAUGACAGGGUAUGAAUUUUUCGAGAUGUUAUGCUUUCCUUAUUGCAGCUGCUGCUUAUGUGACAUUUUCCUGUGCAAUCACUGUUGUAAAUAUGGCUUUUUUGUACAUAUUGCCCUGAAAAUGAAACAAAUAAACUUAUGAUGUGUCAUAUUU